AUAAACAUCCGCUACAAUGGUGGCAUAAACAAUGCCAUGGUUGUCUUUGAAUAAAAUUCAACAUUUAUGUAUUUUAUUUAGUAACAAUAAAUUUUAAGGUAUCGGUCAUUUUUAUAAAUUAUCUCCACAUCGAUCUAACUUGUUUUGGAAAACAAAAUCAGUUAAUCUGAAUUGAGCCAGGAUGUCUCGUAUGGGGGGAUUAACUAAACCUAGAGGUACAGACAAAAGUAAGCCUCCAACAUCACAAACACCAACUGCCUCACAUGACAUUGUGCCAGGGAAAUUCAAUGAAAAUGACUGGAACUACGUGCUUGAAAGAGAUACAGCAGAAGACUUUGCUUUUGAUUUGGUGGAGGAAAUCAUUUCAAAAACAUUGUCUGUAAUCUAUGACAGACACAUAGAGAGUCAGUUACUUCCCUUUACUAUAUCUCAAGCCAAAGAAGCCAUUGUGGAAAUAAUAAAGUGGCAGUUCCUUACAAGAGAUGAGGGGGAGGAAAAUUUCCAAUCAGAUUCUAGUUGGCAUCAGGAUGAAGAGCCAGAGCCAGCCAGCACUGACUGUUGGGCCCAAGGCUCCGUACCUAAAACUAUCAUCAGGCCCAAAACACCCAUCAUAGAGGUACAAGAAAUUAUCCCAGAGGAAGUAGAGCCCUCAACAACUGAAGAGAAUCUUGUGGAAGCAGCCAUAGAAGAAAUGCCAGACUUUGUGUCUGAGACCCAGGAGCCAGUGGAACUAGGGCUGCCAGAUGACCACAAGACUGACCAAGAGACGACGGAAACUCUUGAGGCCAAGGCCAAGGCCAAAUUUCGUCCUUAUCGUGGCAAGUUAAAAACACCAAAAAUUGGCAAUUUAACGGAGUCUUUGGAUGAAACAGAGAUGAAACUGUUCUACAAUGAGCUCUCACAGACAAGUGAUGGCCGAGACAAGCAGAGCACAGUGCUGACAAUGCCAGCCUCAUGCACGAGUCUUAUCAAAUUUCAAAAUGGCCGCCCACCUGGCAACAAAGAGGUUAUGUAUGAUGACAUGGGCAAUGUGAUUGGUGUGAUCAAGUUGGACCCAGACAAACUACCCACCCACAAAGUGAAUAUCAAAUACACAGUGGUUGAUCCGUUGACUGAAUCUUCUGCUAAACUUGAUCUCAACAGGAAGGGAAAAUCAAUGAGCAAAAUUCGAAGGAUACGCUCAAAAACUUUUUCAAAGGAUGUUAUGUUAAAAGAAGCCAAAUCUAAACUUGUCACGCUGUCGCAGUCAGCAAAUAUCUCAUCCCUACCCCCUUCUCUGCGACAGGGAAAUUCCGAGUUGACUUCCAAAUCUUCAAUAGAAGAAAUUACACAGCCAGUGAUUGAAGAGAUGGAAGUGGCUCGAGGCGUCAUCAUCAGAGAGGGCAGUCGUGUCAAGAAAGGACCUGGGCUGUACUAUAGAAAGCUUGAUAUGCUGGAAGAGAAUUUCAAGGGGAUGCAACCCAUCAGUCUGCGAGCAGGGAAUCCUGGGAUAACUGUCAAUGAUUUGCUGGACAGAACCACGCCCAUUCUCCGCCCCCUGGGUGACAUCUCCCCUCUGCCUCCUAUAGUCCCCCACCCACCCCUUAAGCGUCCACAAUUUACAGUCUAACCUCCAGGUGUCAUGUACAUCCAGUGCUAAGCUGCCCUCCUCAUCAUUUGGCUGCAGCUAAGAACAGUUGUGUGCCCUCACAUUGGAUGCUGGCUUUAAACAACGUACUGAAAAAGAACAAGUAGCCUAUGCUUGAAACAAAUGUUGAGAUAUGUGCUAAGAUCGGAUGUUUGUAAUUAUUUAAAAUGUUGAGAUGUGUGCUAAGAUCGGAUGUUUGUAAUUAUUUAAAAUGUUGAGAUGUGUGCUAAGAUCGGAUGUUUGUAAUUAUUUAAAAUGUUGAGAUGUGUGCUAAGAUCGGAUGUUUGUAAUUAUUUAAAAUGUUGAGAUGUGUGCUAAGAUUGGAUAUCUGUAAUUACUUGUUUUUUACCAAAAGGUUGAGACGAGCUCAGAUUGGAUAUUUGUAAUAUUUUGGUUCUAAAUAUAUGUUGUGCUCCUAUAUUGUCCAAUUUUAAAAAAUUGGAUAGAAAAUGUUGUGUCAUUCUAUCAAUGAAGACUAAAAUCUAAAGUUGUUUAGAGAACUCAAUGACCAAGCCAUGUGACUUAGCUAGUCCCAAAAAUAAUGUGACAGUCAAUAAAACAUGGCUGAGGUGAAACAAAAUGGUUUUUAAUAUGGACUUGAAUAAAACAAGUGUCCAGCU